AUGGUGGGUGACGCACCUACUGCACUGAACCACAACAUUCAUUUUAUGGUUUCUUUAAACUCAAAAAAACAUGAUCGGUACCGAAAGCGGCACCGCACCGAUGCACUAAUUACACAAUCACUGGACCUCACACCAGAACCAUGGUUUGCAAAGGUCCUCAUCAUCCACGGAGAAGAUGAGUCUAAGCCCCUGAGCAAUGUAUCACCAUUUGCGAUCGCGAAGGAACUGGAAAAAGCCAUUGGGAAGUCCUAUUCCGCGAAAAAGCUGACUACAGGAGACUUGCAGAUCGAAGUCCAGACACGACAGCAAAGCUCAACUCUGGUUUCCCUAAACAGAAUUGCUGGCAUACCUGUUACCGUUUCGAGGCAUCGUACGCUGAACAUCGUGAAGGGCGUGAUAUCGGAACAUGAACUUAUCGAUUGUUCAGAUCCCGAGAUCGAAGAAGGUCUAAAGGAUGAAGGUGUUGUGACAGCGCGGCGAAUAACCAUGCGUCGAAACGGUACGGAGAUUGCCACUAAACACAUUGUCCUUUCCUUUCAAUUACAUAAGCUUCCCACUACCAUUAAAGCAGGGUACAUAAACUGUCACGUCCGGCCAUAUAUCCCAAAUCCGCGGAGGUGCUUCAAGUGCCAACGUUUCGGCCACGGGUCGCAAGUCUGUCGUGGACAGGCUACUUGUCCGAAAUGCGCUGGCACGGAUCACGCUGCAGAAUCCUGUGAGAAGGAUGUCAGAUGUGCAAACUGUAAAGGUAAUCAUCCUGUCUACUCUCGUUCCUGUCCACGGUGGAAGGAAGAGAAAGACAUACUGAAGGUCAAAGUUACACAGAAUCUUUCGUACCGAGAUGCAAAAGCACAGGUUGAGUUUUCAAAAAGGGAACCUUCUCCGAAAUGGUGCGCAGGGGAGUAG